AGAUCUCGAUGGACCGAUCACACCCGAAAUCUGGUCUGCUAUACUACAAAGCGUAUGCGAUUACGCGCGGGUCGUCUUUGAUUUGUUUCAUGGCGACAAACGGCUCUCUCUCAUCAUUAACGGUGCCACGCCAGUUGUCUUGAACACAUGGGCAAACAGCCAACAGACGCUAUCGCAUGUCAUGGAGCGGCUCAGCUCACACAAAUAUUCGUCGGACGCUACGAGUGACAGGUCUAGUACAGACCGCUUGAAUGUCGGUCUUAGAGCUGCUGUGCGCUUGCUGACUGAAGGAGAUAAGUCAGGGCCAAAGCGAAUCAAACAGCAGUACGAAAACAUCCGUCUCAUCGUCAUGCGUUCGUCUCCCACCGAAGCGCGGGCCAAUGCAGACGAAGGAGUGCUCCACAGCCGAUACUUUGAAGUCUCAGACGGGGUCACCGAUGUACCUACAGAUGAUCUGCGGCUGAUGCUGCUCAAGAUACUCAACGAGACCUUUCAGUCGGACCGUGUGUUGCUGGACCUGAUGCGCCGUGUUGAGCUGUGCGUGUUGAACUACACUCAGGAGUCUCUUCCCCUCAACAGCGAUUGCACAGCCACAGUGCCCAUGGACAUUGACGAAGGCUCGGUGGUGGAACCGUCGUACUUCUCGGGCGUGCGGAGAUUAAGUUCGGUACUUUAUUCUUGUGCCUACACAGUGCCGUGUAACCAUGCGCAGGUGUUCAUGCCACGGCUUGUGCGGCUGCACUACAGCGUGCACCUGAUGCUGAUCUGUGGCAUUCCCAUGAAGGAGAACGCGGGCAGCCACACCAAGAACUCGUACGAUGUGUCUGUGUUGUUGGGGGGGGAGAGCACACUGCCGGAACGGCUGUCAUAUCAACAGCAGGAAGACCAGCUUUAUCUACCGAAGACCUCAGCGCACAUCGAUGAAGUCAGAGUCAAGUGGCCAAGUAAAGGGAAGCUGGCGAUCACGGGCGCAUAUAUUCUUCCGGUGGUGUCGGCUUUCCGGGUAACUCCUG